CCCACAUGAUUUCUAGUCAUGCCCGAUAACCACUCCGGCACGUCCACUUUUCUGUUAUUUAUUUCCCAAAACCUUUAUGUAUCACUAUCAUAUUGCGAAACAUUAGAACCGAAACCCACUCAAAAAUCAAAUUACUCGCAAAACCUUUCACAAUACCAAAAUCAAACGCUAAAGAAAGAAGAAGAAGAAGCAACUAUUCAACCAAAAAGGUUUUUCUACUGGAACUUGGGUGUGUUUCAAAAUUGGUACUUUAUCAUCUUCCAUGUAGUUUUUGUCAUGUCUGAUAUUAACAAAGGUUCUAAGAGAAAUCUUCCAUCAUGGAUGAGUUCAAAAGAUGAUAAUGAGGAUCAGAAUUGUGGAAAGAAACUAUCUUUGGAUGGUGAAAAAUCAAGUGAAAUUGAGACUUUCAACAAGAAGACCAAAGUUGAAUCCAAAAAUGGUGGAAAAGUUUCUACUGAAAGUUUGGAAUCUAAAGGCUUCAACAAGCUUCUAGAAGGUGUGGUUUUUGUGCUGUCGGGCUUUGUGAAUCCGGAGCGUGGCAUCUUGAGGUCGCGAGCUAUGGAAAUGGGAGCAGAGUUUAAGCCUGACUGGAACUCUAAUUGCACUCUUUUAGUUUGUGCAUUUCCAAAUACACCCAAGUUUCGACAAGUUGAAGCUGAUUGUGGAACCAUUGUGUCAAAGGAUUGGAUACAAGAAUGUUACACCCAGAGGAAACUCAUCGAAAUUGAUAGUUACCUUAUGCAUGCUGGAAAACCAUGGCGUAAAGGAAGUAGAUCACAUGAAGUCAAUGAAGAACAAAAACCAUCUGUAUCGCAUAAACCAUCAAAGCCUGUUGAAAGAGAGCCUUCAAGGCCAACCACUUCUGUAAAAUCAAAGGGAAAAGACAUCGACGAUGCUAGCAAAUGCUUUACCCCUUCUGAAGUCCAGAAGUGGGCUCGUGCUGAUUUGAAUAAAACAAUUCAGUGGUUGGAAAGUCAAGAAGAAAAGCCAGAUCCAAGUGAGAUAGCAAAAAUAGCCACAGAAGGGAUUCUGACUUGUUUGCAAGAUGCAAUAUGUUCGCUCGAGGAAAAACAGGACAUCGGGAGAGGAACUGAGGACUGGAAAUUCCUACCUCGAGUUGUUGAGGAGCUUGCAAAAUUGGAUGCUGCGAGAAACAACAAGGCUUCAAUGUCAAAGGAAGAUAUCCACAAACAAGCACUGGAGUGUAAACGUAUUUAUGAGGAGGAACUAGAUAGGUUAGAUCAUGAAUCGACAAAGAACUCAAGGAUAAAUGAAGAACAGAAGAGCAAAAAGGGAAGAACAAAUGCUGCAUCUUCUAGUGCAGUUGACUAUGAUAGUGAUGAUACAAUCGAGAUGACAGAACAAGAAAUAUACAUUGCAUAUAAGAGUUUAUCCUCUAAGAUGUGUCACCUGUGAAUGCUGAUUGAACUGGUUUAUUUAGCGAUGAAAAGUAGUUAUUUUGGUUUACACAGUUUUGGUUACUUCUUCCGACGACAAUAUACUACAGAAAAACCUCAAUUUGCCUCUGUUUAGAAUUAACUUUUUGACACUGAUUUUGUUAGCUUUACAUCUCAAGUAUGUUUUGCUGCAUCCAUAUAUAUACUGCAUACUAAUCUUUUCCAGAUUCCUUUUUUUACUUAAUGUUGAAAGUGGCACCUGAAUUUAGGGGGGGCAUUUGGAGAACAUUUUGGACUUGUGUGCACUUGCAGCAGAAGUAUUUGGAAGAACUUAUUGUCAUAAUAUACUUUCAGCUUACAUGAAACUCAUUCUCACUUUUCCCCGUGAAUAGACUUAUUUUCACUUAUUGUAUAACAACUUAUUCAUAAACUCAUAUUUUUUUGAAGCAAUUCAUAAACUCUUUAUAUGA